AUGACGACCUAUAUACCAGCAUUAACAUUGCCUGAGCGGCUGUUUGCCAGCCCAGCCGCGUCGAUCCUCACGCCCAUCGUCCUCGGCAGUGCCGUAGGUAUUGGCGUCUCCAACAAGGACACAAAGACGACAUAUAUGCGUCUGCGUCAACCACCUCUGUCACCGCCCACCUGGGUAUUUGGGCCUGUUUGGACAGUUCUGUAUGGUGUCAUGGGCUACGCCUCCUACAGGGCAUUCUCCAACGGCACCAGUCCUUUCAGCACCCCAAACGUGAUUGCCACUACGAGGCAUGCCUCGACCGUUUAUUCCGUCCAGCUUGCCCUCAACCUCAUCUGGACCCCCCUGUUCUUCGGCAUCAAGCAGCCCGUCGCAGCCACCGUCGACAUUGUGGCUCUCCUCGGAACUAACCUGUAUCUGACCUACCUGUGGAGCACGGUGGACCAAGUCUCCGCAUACUGCAUGGUUCCUUAUCUGGGAUGGCUAGGUUUCGCAACCUACCUCUGUGCGGGCAUCGGCUACGUGAACAACUGGGAUCUGAAGGCGAAGGAACCAAAGACUGAGUAG